AGUAACUUCGCACUAACUAAACCCCAUAAUUCGCCCCCCCCCCGGAUUGUCAACCGCCAGGACCCAUCCACAUCUCCACCUUUGAUCCGCUGAUUCUAUCAUUGUCCCUCAAUUCUCUUGAGUCUCUUAAUUAUCGAGAGAUAGAGAAAGGGGAUUUAAGUCUGUUCGACGAUACAUAAACAUGUCUCUCGCAACAAGAUCAUUAGCUCUACGCGCUCGACCCGCCACAGCUCUCCUUCCAUUGCGCGCUGCUGGAAAUGCAGCAUUUAUCUCCAAUUCGACAUCAAGACCCGAUUCUGCUGCACACAUCUCUAAACCCGGCGAUGUCGUCGGGAAUCCGCCUCCUCCGCCAUCCAUGGGCGUGGUGAAGAAGGAGCGCAGAGAAGUCCCCUUGCCGAGCCAAGAGCAAAAGAAGGGUGCUAUGCAAUAUGCUUUAACAACACUGGAUCAAAUUGCCAACUGGGCCCGCCAAAGCUCCCUAUGGCCAAUGACAUUCGGAUUGGCAUGUUGCGCUAUUGAAAUGAUGCAUCUGUCUACGCCGCGCUACGACCAAGAUCGAAUGGGUAUCAUUUUCCGUGCCUCGCCACGGCAGUCGGACGUGAUGAUUGUUGCGGGCACGCUGACGAACAAGAUGGCGCCUGCGCUGAGACAAGUGUACGAUCAGAUGCCCGACCCCCGAUGGGUGAUCAGCAUGGGCAGCUGCGCCAACGGUGGUGGAUACUAUCACUAUAGUUAUUCGGUGACAAGAGGCUGUGAUCGCAUCGUGCCGGUGGAUAUUUAUGUACCUGGGUGCCCUCCUACAUCUGAAGCACUCAUGUACGGCAUUUUCCAGCUGCAGAAGAAGAUGCGCCACACCAAAAUUACCCGGAUGUGGUACAGAAAGUAAAUUGUAUUCGAUAUGCUAUGAUACGAAGAAUGAUAUGGUUGGAACUGGCUCAGAACGGUAGGACGGCAGGACAUACGGGUACAUUUUCGUGGAAUA